AUUUUCACCAUUUUCACUGUGAUGUAUCUGUUUGUGGAGCACUUUGCAAUUUUAAUCUUGGGAGAUCACUGGGUGUCUGGACGUGUAGGUUGGUGUUUAUCACAGGGAGUUGAUGGUCCUCUGUGUAAAGGAUCUCUGGGACCACCCUCAGGACUCAGUGGUCUUUGCGGAUGUGGCGGUGGACUUUACCCUGGAGGAGUGGGCUCUGCUGGACUCUGCUCAGAGGAACCUCUACAGAGAUGUGAUGCUGGAAAACUUCCAGAAUCUGGCCUCAGUGGAUAAUGAGACACUGUUUACAGCCAGAGGGCCCAUUAUUCAGCAGGAUAUGCAUGAGGAAAAAAUAUCUAACAAACAGGAAAUAGCAAAAUUCACAAGAAGUAAUUCUUGUAUCUACAUUUUAGCAAACAAUGGGGAAGACCAGAGCAUUGACGAUGAGCAACAAAACCACAGGAGACCUCUAAGGAACCAUGUGGUGGACAGCUUCUGUGAACAUAAUGAUGGAAAUCAACACGGUGAAACCUUCAUUCACAUUCCCAAUCUUAACCUGCACAAAACCAUUUCUAUGGGAAUAAAACCAUAUGAAUGCACCAAGUGUGGAAAAGGCUUCACGCAUCUUUCUUCCCUUAAGAAGCAUGUUAGAGCUCACCGUGAACAUAAAUCAUUUCAGUGUCAGGAAUGCAAACAGGGCUACAUUUGUGCCUCACACCUGGGAACUCACACUGGAGAGAGACCCUAUGGGUGUAAAUUAUGUGGGAGAAACUUUCCUUAUUUCUACUGCCUCAGUCAACACAUCAGGAUGCACACUACAGAGAAAAAUUAUGAAUGCCAGCAGUGUGGGAAAUCCUUCAAUGAGCUCUCCAGUCUUACUAGACAUGUGAGAACUCACACAGGAAAGAAGCUAUAUAAAUGUCAGGAGUGUGGGAAAGCCUUCAUUUACCCCUCAGAACUUCAAAGGCACAUGAUAACACACACUGGGGUGAAGCCCUAUGAAUGUAAAGCAUGUGGGAAAACUUUUCGUCAUUCCUAUUCCCUGACCCGACAUGUCAAGAUUCACACAGCAGAGAAAACCUAUGAAUGUAAGAAAUGUGGGAAAGCCUUCAGCUGGCCCGAGACCUUUCAAGCCCAUGUGAGGACACAUACUGGAGAGAAACUCUAUACCUGUGAAAGCUGUGGGAAAGCUUUCAGUUCUCCCAAGUCCUUCCAAGGUCACAUGAGAACUCACACUGGAGAGAAACCUUACAAGUGUAAACAGUGUGGAAGAGCCUUUACUUGGUCCUCAAACUUUCAAGAACAUGUGAGAAUUCAUACUGAAGAGAAACUGUAUAAAUGUGAAAAAUGUGGGAAAGCUUUCAAUUCUUCCAGAUCCUUUCAAGGUCACAUGAGAACCCACACAGGAGAGAAGCCCUACGAGUGUACACAGUGUGGGAAAGCCUUCAGCUGGUCCUCGUCCUUACAAAAGCAUGGGAGAAUGCACACUGGGGAGAAACCGCACAAAUGCAAACAGUGUGGAAAAGCCUUCAAGUGGCCCUCGUCCUUUAGGAACCACGUGAAAAUGCACACUGGAUAGCAGCUCCAUGAAGGCAUGUGACCCUUGAAAGCUUUGGUUCGGACGUUCUUUCUAGACAGGAAUCUUACAACUUUAAAUAAUCUCGGAAAACAUUCCACUGAUUAUAUAAUGCUCCAGGAAAUUCAUACCAGGAAAGAAAUAUUUUAGAAGUUAUAAAUAUAGUAUUAUUUUGUCAAAAUCUCAUUUUUAAAUGGAUCAUUAAGUGAUAAAUUUCCAGUUCUUUUAGAAAUAAAUGUUUAUGUAAGAAAUAAUUCUCUUAAGUCUUCUUUCAGGUAUAGUGUAUAAGUUUCAAUAGUUUUUUUUUUCCAGGCAAUACCUAUCUUCUGUUUUCAUUUUUUCAUUUGGAAGUUUAUUGGACCCAUGAUAAAUUGAAAUAUGCUUUAAAUAUGACAAUAAGUUUAACUUUUAUGUAAUAUUAUAGUGGAAGUGCCUUACAUUAAACUUUUCUAGUUGUAAGUGCUUGACAAUAAGUUUCUGAUUGACAGGGCAUCCAUCUCAGAGACAUCCAUCCCAAGCAAGCAUAUAGCCAGCUGUAUCACACAGCUACUAGUAAAACGACUACCUACACAAUCAGGCUGCCUUGACCCAUGAAAUUUUCCCUUCAAAAAGUCUGGGGUAAACUAGUUAAGUGACCACUUACCCAUGCUUUUCUCUUCCCUUAGCCUAAUUUCUGCUCUUAUGUUUAACUUUCUCAAGUAAGGGUAAACCUAUGAAAUCCCAGGCAUCCCAUCCUUGACCCCAAGAAAAGGCAGAGCUCAAGGUCUACACUCUCUCCCCACAACUUCACUGUGGCCUUGGGCCAUGCUGUGUACUCUCUGGAAUUUGUAAAAAUUUUGUUCUAAGUUCCCUGAUGGUUUUUCGCUGAAGUGCAUCUUAUGAGAAUGCAAGAGCUGGAAUAGCCACAAAGUGUCUGUGGGGGCUUGUCACAACAGCGUUUUAGGCAUUCCUAGCGGAUAGCAUCUCUCUCAAUAGGCCGAGAUCAACAGAACGGCAGCUUUAUAUUUCUUCUGUAGGUAUCAUGAGAGCAGCCACCCCCCCUCCCUCACCUCUUUCUAGUACGCACAUAUUCCUAGGAACACAUUGAUCUUUUAUUGGCCACUUACUAUAUAAAUGAUUAGGAGAAAGUGGGUGGCAGUUUACAAAAAGCCAUUCUGAAAAAUUUUUGAAAUCUUAGGAUUUCUUCCUGAAGAAUUUUUAAAUAUGAUGUGUUUCUCUAAGUUGGAUCAAAAUUGUUUUCUGUGAAAAUAGGUUUAUUCCUCUUCCAUAAAGUCCUUUCAGGGGAAAGGCGUGGAUGAAACUAGGGGAUGAUUUUUAAAAUAUAAUGUUAUGAUUUUUAAACAGGACACCACAAGUCUGGCAUGUGGGAGGUGAUGGGGGAAGGCAGAAGCUACUGUUAAUCUUGUUUUUCAGAAUUCUAGCUGGAAACUCCUUCCUUUACCUAAAGGAACUGCCCCCCUACCCCCAUGCCCUGCUGCCCAUUUCACAUUUCCACCCCACCUGCCAGUGUUGACAUAGCUUCUUCCUUGUAUCCUUAGUACUAGUUUCUGUUCAGCUAGUCUUCAGGUGGUUCUCAAUGAUGGCUACUGUGUUU